AUGAGCAUCUGGGAGGUGAUCCUGGCUUUCGUGGUGGUGGUGCUGAUGUUGGUGGCCCUGCUGGCCAACGUGCUGGUGCUGAUGUGCUUCCUGUACAGCGCCGACAUCCGCAAGCAGGUCCCGGGAUUGUUCAUCCUCAACCUCACCUUCUGCAACUUGUUGAUGAGUGUUUCGAGCAUGCCCCUGACCUUGGCCGGCAUCAUUUACAAGAGUCAACCAGGAGGAGAUCAGAUCUGCCACGCUGUGGGCUUCCUGGAGACUUUUCUCACCACGAACUCCAUGUUGAGCAUGGCAGCUUUGAGCAUUGACAGGUGGAUCGCUGUGGUCUUCCCUCUAAGUUAUCACUCCAAAAUGAGGUACAAAGAUGCUGCUCUCAUACUCAGCUACACGUGGUUACACUCGGUGUCGUUCCCGAUAGUGGCAGCUUCUCUCUCCUGGGUGGGUUUCCAUCACCUCUAUGCUUCCUGCACCCUGUACAACAAGAGACCAGAGGAUAGGACACAGUUUGUGAUUUUCACUGGGGUCUUUCACACCCUCAGCUUCCUCCUCUCCCUUAUAGUCCUGUGUUUCACAUAUCUAAAAGUGCUGAAGGUGGCACGGUUUCACUGUAAGAGGAUUGACGUGAUCACUAUGCAGACCCUGAUGCUGCUUGUGGACAUCCAUCCCAGUGUAAGAGAGCGUUGCCUAGAGGAACAAAAGAGACGGAGGCAGCGAGCAACAAAGAAAAUCAGCACCUUCAUUGGCACUUUUAUACUUUGUUUUGCACCUUAUGUAAUUACAAGACUUGUUGAAUUAUCCUCUGUGGUCCACAUCAAUUCCCACUGGGGAAUCAUUUCCAAGUGCUUAGCUUACAGCAAAGUCGUUUCAGACCCUUUUGUGUACUCUUUGCUACGGCAUCAGUACAAGAAGACAUGGAAAGACAUCAUAAGCAAGAUCCUCAAAAGAAGCUCCAUCAAUUCCUCUGCCCUCACAAGCGAAUCGCACAACCGGAAUAUAUUGCAGCUGAAUGAAUGA